AUGGCUGAUUACAACGAAGAAGAGGAUCUCUUCGCCGACCUGUAUGCCUCUUCCGGCGACGAUACCGCUCCUUCUGCCCCAGCAGCACCCGCGCCUGCUCCUGCCACUGCCACCGUCGAAACCGCCGCCGCCGAACAGACUGAUUCGGUAGCCGUUUCUGCCGAGCAAGCUCCCCAGUCAGAGCCCAUAGCAAAUGGAUCCAACAUCCCCGCCGACCCUCAAUCAUAUUCCAACGACGGCUGGAACGACCAGCAGCAACAAGGCCAACAGAACUGGGACUACAACAAUCAGAACCAAGGUAACGAUUAUGACGCUGCCCAGCAGAUGAACCACGGUGGAGCUGGUGAUGAUGACUACAAGCCUAUCGGCAUCAAGGAAGACGGCAAAAUGUUUAUCGGUGGUUUGAACUGGGAGACAACAGAUCUCACGGAGUGCACUGUCAUGCGUGACGGUGCAACUGGACGUUCUCGCGGUUUCGGUUUCCUCACUUUCAGAGACCCCAAGACCGUUAACAUCGUCAUGGUGAAGGAACAUCAGCUUGACGGCAAGAUUGUGGGUUCUUCCUUUGCAUCCGUCAUACGCACGACUGACCAUGAUACAGNNAUUGAUCCCAAGAGAGCUAUUCCUCGCGAUGAGCAAGAGCGUACUAGCAAGAUCUUCGUUGGUGGUGUCUCGCAAGAAGCCACUGAAGCCGACUUCAAGAACUUCUUCAUGCAAUUCGGUCGCGUUCUGGAUGCCACUCUGAUGAUGGACAAGGAUACCGGUCGCCCUCGUGGUUUUGGUUUCGUCACCUUCGACAGCGAAGCUGCAGUCGACAGAACUCUUGAACGACCACUAGAGAUCUUGGGCAAAUACAUUGAGGUCAAGAAGGCCCAACCCAGAGGCAACCUGCGCGGUAACGAGGAUAACAACAACAACAACGGCGGCUUCAAGAAACAGGGCUUUGGCGGCCAGCAAGGUGGCUUUGACCCCAGUCAACAGGGUGGCAUGCAGCAAGGCGGACCCGCUGGUAUGGGAGGCAACAACAUGAGCCCAGCCAUGAUGGCCCAAUACUGGCAGCGCAUGCAGCAAUACUUCCAGAUGAUGCAACAGCAAUUGGCUACUAGCAUGGGUGGAGGCGGCAACCCCAUGAUGGGUGGCGGUGGUGGCAUGAACCCUCAGAUGAUGCAGCAAAUGAUGGCCAUGCAACAGGGCAUGGGUCAAGGUAAGUGGUUCACGACUCUCUUGCACUCGUCAAGANCUACUAACAAGCUUCUUCUCGCAGGCGGCAUGAACCCAGCCAUGAUGCAACAAAUGCAACAGAUGCAGCAGCAAAUGCAAGGUGGCGGUCCUGGUAACUCGGGCAGCCCGGCACCCUCGAACAACCCCAUGUCACCCAUGAACGGCGGACCUGGUCAGCGCCCCGCCUACAACGCUCAAGAACAACUCGCCUUUGAACAACAAAAGUACGAACGCCAGCAACAACAGCGCUGUCCCAUGCCCGGCACAUCCGCAACUCCCAACAGCAGCAACGGUUUCCAACCCUCGGGCUCGCCCACCAGCUGGGAGGGCAUGUACGACGAUGUCCCCGCUCCCAACCAAGGCGGCGGUCCCGGCAGCAAUAACGGCGGAUUCGCCCCUCGCGGUGGCUUUGGCAGAGGACGCGGCAGAGGGGGUGGCGGUCACACUCCCACGCCUGCGGGUCCCUCUAAUGCACCUGCUAAUGCGCCCACAGGCCCCAAGAAUGCUGGAAGACCGGGCGCCAAUUACAGAGGUGGUGGCAGAGGCGGGCACCGUGGUUUCCAUCCUUAUGCUCGCGGCGGCGGUGGUGCCUAG